GGCAUCAUUUCAUGUCCAUCAGCGUAGGAACUCAUCAUAGAAAUUAAUUCAUCUGUUACUCUUUGUGUAGGUUUAGUUUGAGAUCAAACACUUAAAUAAGUUCACUGGUCAUUUUUAUGAACUCAAACACAACAUGAACACAAUCUCUUUACUCUUUAUCAUCUCUUUAUUCAUCAACGGUGUGUUUGGUGAUGAAGUGAUGACAGUGAUGGAGGGACAUUCUGUUACUCUACACACUGAUCUCACUGAUAUGAAGAGAGUUAUAAAGAUAAUAUGGAGAGUUGAAGAAGAGGACUCUCAAAGAUCUCUAGUUACAAUAGCUGAUAAUGAGACCAUUGAGGUUAAUUAUUAUUAUAAUAAUAUUAAUGAUAGUUACAUAGACAGACUGCAGGUGUAUGUUCAGACUGGAGAUCUGACCAUCAAGAACAUGAGAGUCAACCACACUGGACUCUAUCAAGCAGAGAUCAGCAACAACAAUGGAACAACAUACAAGAACUUCAGCGUUACUGUCAUUGAUGCUCCACAUGUUAUCAGUGCUGGUACAGGUGAUGUGAAGUCAGUGUCAGUGAGUGAGGGAGAAUCUGUGACUCUACACACUGAUGUCCAAACACACAGAGAUGAUCUGAUACUGUGGAGGUUUGGAGAUGAAGGUCUUCUCAUAGCUAAACAUGAUAAAGAAGACAAUAAGAGCUCAAUAUAUGAUGAUGGUGAGGGAUUCAGAGGCAGACUGAAGCUGGAUGAUCGGACCGGAUCUCUCACCAUCAGUGGUGUCAGAUCAUCAGAUUCUGGACUUUAUAAACUGAAGAUCAAUAACAACAAACAGACAUUAUACAAGACCUUCAGUGUUUAUGUCAGGAGUGAGUAUCUCAGUUGUCAUAUAUCAACAUUUAUCAACAUUUAUUAACAUCAGCUGUGUGUGAAUUCAUUCAUUUAAACACAGUUUCUAUCAGAACUUUCUCCUCAGUGAAAACAGACACGUUUGUGUAAAAGAUAGCGUAAGGCGGCUGGUUGUUAUCUCUGAAUAAACUCUGACAUUGUGAUCAAGACUAAAGCAGAUAACACCAGACUGUCUGUACAUUUACAAACAUGAAGUUUAGAUCUGAUCUAACAGUUUAAAUGUGAAUCAGACCAUGUUUUAAUAUCUUGAGUGUAUUUUCAUUUAUCAUUACAGGUCAAUCUUCUGGUGUCUCUCCACCCGACCGUCUCCCUCUCUCUCUCUCUCUCUCUCUGCUGGUGCUUGUCCUGCUGGUGCUAAUGACUAUUGUUGUGUAUCAAUGUCGCCACAACAUUCCUUGUCUAAGACGGAUCAAAGAUAAGAAAAUGCCGGUGUUUGAUGGGGAUUCUGUCUUUCUACUGGCUAGUGAGUGAAGAUACGGGGGUGCUGAACCAGUGGUGGUUUUGUAGGCCGAGAGCAGAGCGGGUGGUGCAUUAAAUAAUAUUACUGUAUGUCUGUUCAUCAAAUAUUCUGUUCAUCUGUCUACUGAUCAGAUCUGAAUGUAAAUGUGAAUUCAGACUCUCAGUACAGAUAUAAAACUUUAUAAGGUUCUUAUCUCGUCUUUUUGCACUUGAUAAGGGAGAAAACGCUGCACGGAUGUUGCUGCUUAACUUUGUACUGUAGAAUAUGAUAAAGUCACACUAGUGUCUGAAACACCUGUGUAACUUUGGUAUUGUGAGCUUUUCAAUGUAUUUGCACUUGAAUAAUAAGUGAGAAAACGCUGUACUUAACUAAACACAUGAAACACAAGAUAUUUUGUGUAUUGCUGCACAGUAAAAUCACCAGUAUUUUGCUUAAGAACAAUUAUUUCUCUCUUCUGAAGUGAUCUGAAUGUAAAACUCAGUGCAAUUCUCAGUGCAAAAAGAAACUUUAUAAAGCACUUAACUAACCUGCUUUAUUGCACUUAUUAGAAAAAGAUUUAUGUUUGCAUCUAGUAUAAGAUAAGAUACAGUAACACUUGAUUGUUUUCUAGUUUUCAUGCAUCUUUUCACUUUGUAUUAAUAUCAUUUUUAAGUAACUUUACAAAUGCAUCAGCAUUUAUAUUUGACUUUGUUUAUUAUUUAGUUUUCUUAAUAAACUAAUGCUAGUCUUGAAUUCCACUUUACUAAAUAUA